GCUGAUGAGUCGGUUAGCCUCAGGAUUGUGAACAUCAACUGAAUUAUAGAUAGCGACGAAAAAAUAAAAAGAGCAACAAGAAAUAAUGCGCAAAAUAAGUACCGACACACUGUGGGAUUUGGCUGCAGAUGAAGUCCGGGCCAGAGAAAGAAGAAAUGGACAUGAUCCAGAUGAUGAUGAUGAUGAAGAUAAUAAGGAAGAUGGCCAUGCUCCCAGCGAGAGGACUGUUUUCUUUAUGGGCAGUAAAACAGGGGGUAAAACAACAAUACUGUUCAGGUGUAUUGACAGAGAUGAAGUCCCCAAACCAACCCUGGCUUUGGAAUACACAUUCGGUAGACGAGCAAGAGCGCACAACACACUCAAAGAUAUAGCUCAUCUGUGGGAACUGGGAGGAGGCACAUCUUUAUCAGAUCUUGUGCAGAUACCCAUCACUCCUCAGAACCUCAGCACACUGUCUGUGGUGUUGGUACUGGACCUGUCUAAGCCCAAUGCACUCUGGGUCACCAUGGAGAAACUCCUUCAGGCAGCUCUAAACCAAGUGGAAAAGGCUUUUGCUGUAACCAAGAGGCCAGGAGAGUCCAGACCCAACAAACAGCUAAGCCAAAGGAGAGCACUGCGUUUCCUCCCCAAAGACCACCCAGACAGAGAGCUCAUCAGCCCCUUUCCUGUGCCUCUUCUUCUGAUUGGUAGUAAGUUUGACAUCUUUCAGGACUUUGAGUCAGAGAAGAGGAAGGUGAUUUGUAAAACCCUGCGUUUUCUGGCUCAUUACUAUGGUGCAUCCCUGAUAUUCACUAGCAGUAAAUCGGAGACAGCGAUGUCUAAAGUCAAGAACUUCUUCAAUCAUCUAGCUUUUGGGACAGAUAAAGGGAAGUACUUGUCUACAGACCACAGCAAACCUCUCAUAAUUCCAGCAGGCAUGGACUCUCUCAGUCAGAUAGGAUCUGUGGAUGUUGAUCUUGGAACACUGCAUGCUAAAACUCCACUGGACCUGUGGAAAAAAGUUUUUGAAAGGUUUUUUCCUCCAGAGAGCACUAAUGAACGCAAAGAAGUGAAGGAUCCAGCCAAAGAUCCCCAAUACAGUGAGCUCCUCAUAGAUGCCAUGAGAGCACAGAAAGACCAGGAGCUGGAGCAGUAUAAGCGAGAACAGGCAAAGUCAUGGAAAGGCUUGACCCUGGAGUCCUAAAGCGACAGAAACUCACCCCAAACACUCAACAUUAAUGUAUGCUAGUUCUAUAUUCCUCUCUUUUUUUUUCUCUUUUCUUUUAAAUAAUUUUUGCCUCUGUUCCUUAUACACAUGGAGUGUGUAGCUGAAGCACAGCCAGAGAUGCCAAUUUAACGUCAUACCAUGUUUUUAUAUUAUUUCCUGAAAGAUGUAAUAAUUUAAGAAUUGCACAUGUAAAUAUGUAGUUAGUAAUUGUAUAAAAUAUUAUUCCAUUGUGGGCGGCACGGUGGUGUAGUGGUUAGCACUGUCGCCUCACAGCAAGAAGAUCCGGGUUCGAGCCCUGUGGCCGGCGAGGGCCUUUCUGUGUGGAGUUUGCAUGUUCUCCCCGUGU